AUGCCUAUACUCUCUGCUGUAGCAGGGAUAUCCUUGCUAGAUGGGAGAUCUGGUAUUCUUAAUUCUUAUAAGCCUGUCCUUCUGGAUAUGGCUAAGUCUUCUUCUGUUCUGUUUAAUUUGCCAGUUUCAGUGGGUGACUCAGUCUCCAUAAAUAAUUCAACUGGAAAAAUAACCAGAAUGACCAUGCAAUAUAUUACACUGGAGAACAAAGAAGCAACUACGUAUAUACCUACUCACUUAGUAUAUGGAUAUAUUAUUAAGAAGUUCAAAUAA